AAAUUGAUAGUUCUGCUUCCGGUUUACGGCGGGAAGAGCGAACUGGUGUGAAUUCCAGUGUACGUUUGUGGAAUAAUCAUGGAAGUCUUGUGUGUAGCGUUUGGGGCCGAGUGAGUUUUGUUUAUUCCUGGAGCUGGGUAUAAAAACCGAGAGCCAUUAGUGCGACUCAGAGUGGUAGCGGUGUAGCGCAUGGAGAAGCGCGCGGACUCCGGCGGGGCUGCAGCACCUGUGGGCCUCAGGAUGGAGGUGACGGAGAUCCGGCUGCCGGCGGGAGCGCGCUCUGUGCGGCUGCGGGAGUGGAAGGUGGAGCCUGGAGCUCUGGUGAAGGUGGACUCCGUGAUUGCGUUGUGUGUGGCGGUGCCCACGGAUACGGAGUGCGGCUCGGAGGACCGAGAGCAGCCGAAGAGGCGAUUACCGGAAAAGAAGGUGAAGUCUGACCGUGCUGGAGUGGUGAGAGAGCUGUGUUAUCAGCUCGGAGAGGUCAUAUCUCCCGGGGAUGUUAUAGCAAGAAUAGAAGAAUGCAGCCACCCCAUAGUGAUGAAGGGUCUGUGUGCGGAGUGUGGUCAGGACUUAACACAGUUGCAGAACAGGAAUGGGAAGCAGCAGACCCCCAUCUCUACAGCCAUGGUUUCCAUGGUGCACAGCGUUCCCGAGCUGAUGGUCAGCUCAGAGCAAGCAGAGCAGCUUGGCCGAGAAGACCAGAAGAGGCUCCACAGAAACAGGAAGCUGGUUCUCAUGGUGGAUCUGGACCAGACUCUAAUCCACACCACAGAGCAGCACUGUCAAAACAUGUCUACCAAACACCGUGUUUCUGUGACCUCGCAGGGAAUUUUCCAUUUCCAGCUGGGGAGAGGGGAACCCAUGCUGCACACACGUAUUAGGCCUUACUGCAAAGAGUUUCUGGAGAAAAUCUCCAAGAUGUACGAGCUGCACGUGUUCACUUUCGGAAGUCGCCUCUAUGCACACACCAUUGCAGGCUUUUUGGAUCCCGAAAAGAAACUUUUCUCACAUAGAAUCCUGUCUAGAGAUGAGUGCAUUGACCCAUUCUCCAAGACAGGAAAUCUGAGAAAUUUGUUCCCAUGUGGCGACUCCAUGGUGUGCAUCAUUGACGAUAGAGAGGAUGUGUGGAAGUUUGCCCCUAACCUCAUUACAGUCAAAAAAUAUGUCUACUUCAAGGGAACUGGGGACAUCAACGCCCCACCCGGGUCACGAGAGGCCCAGCUUUCAAAAAAAAGUGCAGGUAGCCAACCUGCAGAGAACACCAACCCCUCCGGACCAUCAUCCGACGAGGGGAAGAAUAAUGGCGUCCGGAAACAGGACAAGGAUAAAAAGUCUCUGCUUGACGAAAUGUCAGUCUGUGUUCCUGACAUUCAAGGAGCAUCAGCUAGCCAGAGAACUGAUCCUGAUGGAAAGAGGACAGAAAAGUCACACUUGAGUAAUAAAUCUGAUAUUAAAGUAGAAGAGCUGGGUGGCUCAGAUAGGAUGAGGGAGUCCGGUGAAACUGCAGACCAAGAGAACGUAACAGUAGCUGAUAGCGAUGACUCGGCUAAACCGGGAUUACCACAUAAUAACAGUGCCCGGCUCUCAGAAACCAUAAAGCUGAAACAAACGAGCUUAGAUGAGGAGAAUUGUGGUGCAGAGGAGAACGGAGAUGGAGGAUUGGACACAGACAGUGUCUGUGACAUGGACGAAGAGAGUUUUGGUGAUAAUGGAUGUUCUGACAAGAAGGAAACUGAGACAGAGUCUCAGAACAGUGAGCAGUCAGGUGUCACCAUGGGAGAGGAGUCUUUAGACCACAGCAUGGUGGAUGAAGAAGAGGAGGAGAUAGAAGACGACACGGACCAGGACGAUCACUUGAUUUACCUACAAGAGAUCUUGAUCCGUAUUCACAACGAGUAUUACUCGCGCUACGAGGCGCACCUCCAAGGGGACGGCUCUGACAUGCCCGACAUUCGUAAGAUCGUCCCUGAGCUGAAGAGCAGUUCGUUGGCAGGCACCAACAUCGUGUUCAGUGGUUUGUACCCCACAAACUACCCCAUGGAGCGAACGCGAGAGAGCUACCAUGCAAAAGCGCUCGGCGCCAAGAUUAGCAAGAACCUCGUGCUCGACGCCAAAGAUCCCAACUUCACCACCCACUUAGUUGCUGCACGGGCGGGUACGGAGAAGGUCCGGCAGGCUCAGGUCUGUGAGCAGCUGCAUGUAGUGAAUCCGGAUUGGCUUUGGGGAUGUUUGGAGCGAUGGGAUAGAGUGGAUGAGCAGCUGUUCCCUCUUAAAGAGGACUACACAAAAUCACAGAGAAGUAAUAGCCCAUCACCAUUUCCUGAUGUUCAAGAGUCCUUCCCAGCGCCUGUUAUUGACCCUGUUUCCAUCCAGCCCAAAGGCCCGCUGGCUCCAGAGGUGCACACGUAUGAUUCUGUAACUGGCAAGUUGAUCCGAAGAGGCCCUCAAGUGCCCCGUCACCCCCAAAAAUCAUCUGUGACGCUGCCUGGACAUGAAGUGCACUUAAACUUUAGGGAUUCGAGAUUUCUGCAGCAGGAAGACGUUGACCGCUCAAGACCAGAUGAUAAUCAGCCCACACCGUCACGCAGGAAACGACAGCAGAGCCUGUCUGAAACCAUGCCUCUCUACACGCUCUGCAAGGAGGACCUGGAUAGUAUGGACAGAGAGGUGGAUGAUAUUCUUGGAGAAGAAAGUGAUAACGAUAGUGAGGGAAAAGAGAAGGAGGAGAGAGUGGAGGGAGAAGAGGAAGAUGAGGAGAGCAGCAGGCAAAGUUACCAGCAGGCCCUGGGUACGGCUGUCAAAGACACGACAUCAGCAUCCAAAGAAGACAGCAGUCGGACUGGGAGUGUACCGAGGGAAGGCUUUCCACUAGAAGUUGGAGCGUGGCUGUGGGGAUUUGUGUUCAUUCAGCUACAAGAGCAUUAGUGAGGUUGAGGUCAUGCGCUGAUGUUUGGUGAAGAGGCUCCAGUUCCAGUUCAUCCCAAAGGUGUUCAGUGGGGUUGAGGUCAGAACUCUUGAGCUCUUCCACCUUCUUCCAACCUUAACACACCAAGCCUUCAUGGAGCUCGCUUUGUGCACUUUGGGUCAUGCUGGAACAGGUUUGGACCUCUUAGUUCCAGUGAAGGGAAACUGUAAUGCUUUAGUGCUUUAGACUUUGUGGUAACAGUUUGGAGAAGAGCCACAUAUGGGCGUGAAGGAUAGGGGUGGACAGGGGUGCACAGGGGUACUUUCAGCCUUGUAGUGCAUGCGUCUUCAUUUGUCUCUGUGUGAAUUGAUUCAAACCACUGUAUGUUGUCACAAUACCUCUGUUCUCUUUCUGAAGAAUAAAGUCCUGUAGAGCGGUCAAACAGUUAAGCGGACACUCUGUGGAAAACUUGCACCUUUAACCAGUAUUAUAACAAUCAACAUGAU